ACCCCCUGUCCUGUCCCCUGACCCCUGCACUGCCACCCCUCCGCGGAGUGGAGACGGGCGGGCUGCCGUCUGCUGUGGCUCCUUCACGCGUGGUCGUGCAGGUGAAGGGCACGGAUCCUGGGCCCUGGGGUGUGGCCGGGCGUCGAGGUAGUUGUGGGGACUUCGCCCCAGAGGUGCCAGCCAGCCGCCCAGGGGGCUGCAGAUGGACAGCAGGGAGAUGGACAGAUGGUUCGCUUAGGGCUUUCCUGAGGAAGAAAGCAGAGUUGCAGCCUUCCCAGGAGAAGAGGCAGCCUUCGGGGCCACCAAGCCCAGUGAUGGCCUGGGGCUCGCCAGGUGCCCAGAGCAGCAGUCAGCAGGAGCCGCAGACUCAGGACUGGGUGUGCGAGCCGCAGGACACCUGGCGCCAGAGUCACCGCCGCUGGAGCGUCAGCAUAGAUGAGCGUCGGAGGCUGGCCAUGCUGGGCCGCGGCGAGAAGCCGGGCCUCGCGGGGGCGCCCCCCUCCUGCAGGGACCUCGCGCGGAUCGUGGCCCAGCUGGUGUCCGAGGACGUGGACAAGGACGUGCUCUUCCCCCACCCGCCGAGGUCCUCCGAGUCCACCAACGCCUUCCAAGCCUUCCUGGUCCGGAGCAAGCCUUUCUGGCACAACGUGACUCUGGAGGCCCCGGCUUCGAGGUCGCCGCCCUCCUAAGAAUCGACUCAGACCAGAGUUUUGUCUUCUGGCGCCUUUCCUGCGGGUACUGGGGAGGCGGUCCCUGCGCCCUCCCUGUACCCUCCAGACAGUCGUGAGCAGCCCAGGGAUAAGAGAACA